CGGCAGAAUGAUUAUCUGGUCGCGCCCUUCGAGACGAGGGCCCUUCCCGACCUCAUUAUCCUCAGGUGCAAGAGUGCAAGAGUGCCGCUGGGGGCAUCGAGCAGGUCCUCUGGGUGUCUGAUCCUCAUCAUGCUCCGCUCAACCUUCUUGGGCUUUGCCGUUCCCCAAAGACCUCCAGAUCAGAGGUAUCAACCGCCACUCAAGCGUAGGAGGCCCGAUGAUAGCGCUACACCCAGUAGCUCAACGGGGGACUUAUCUUCAGAACUGCGGGAUGUAUCUACACUUCCAUUUGCCACGGGCUUGAUUUCUGAACGGGAGCACAGUCAAAUCUAUACGGAUUGGAUCAAGGCUGGCAAACCUCACAAUUUCAUCUGCCACGAGUGUCGAAAGCCAGAUAAUCUACUUUUGUGCAAGACAUGCUGCAGGUCAUAUCAUACAUCCUGUGUACCUGCGUCUCCUGUGCCAGGGAACUUCGAGGAUUUUCAUUGUCCCUCCUGCAAAGAGAAGCACUGGGAUAUCUCCCCACCGAGAAUACUCCCAAGCGCACCACCGUCUGACAUCUCACGGAGUGUCUCCCCCAGUGUCACCGAAGCUGAUAGACGCACAGCAUCCAUGAGUCACAAUCACAGUGAGCAUGGUUCGCCCGCAGGUCGAGUAAGCACUCCUCACCUCCAAUUCUCUGCCGACGUGGGCGAUCUAUGGCCCAAUUCGACCAUACCCUUCCGUCCCAAUAUCGACCCUACGACUCGAGCAAGAGAUUUCCUAGCAGAGUACGGUGGACUCCCUUCCAGCCAAGACUACCGACCAGACUUUCUUCUUCAGUUAGGGAGGAUCAUCCAGCAGGCUGAAUCCAGCGAUCAGUCUCUGAAAGAGGCCGAAUCGCUGAGGGAAGAAAAUGCGAAGCUGAGAAGAGAAAAUUCACAGCUCAGACUAAAUUUGAGCUCGCGCUUAUCUUCACGCGAUCCUGCUCUCUCUCUUCGACGCAGUCCUUCUGCCACACGGACAUAUACUUCCUCCAACAAUUCGGUUGCUUCUCUGAUUCCUCCUGAUGUCUCUGAGCGGUCAUGGGACAGGAUCAUCUCAGAUGUGUUUUGAAAUCAAUUCUACGAGACUCGCUCGAUUUCAUCAAUCCGACAUAAGGCUGGAUACUGUUCUCUGUCUCUCAAUGCCCAUUACAGAGGGCGUGAUUCUUCUUUUCGAUGCAGUCUCCAGUUACGAUGGUCCUAGCCUACGAAGGCGCUCCAAUCACUCUUCCCCGAGCCUGCUUAUACCAGGACGAGGACAGCAGAAAGAUUCCUUCCCAAGAUCUAACAGACUGGGAGAAAAGCCG